AUGCCCUCUGCUGAGACAUCCAACAAGGCUUUGAGCGAUGCUGCCGCUCAGGUCCUUCAAAUACUGGCAGUUGCGAUCAUGUUGCAGGACGGUAAUCCCGAACACCUUCGGUUCGCUGUGCAGGUGGGGAAUAUCAUGACCCCGGUUUUUGCAAUGCAUUCCAGUUCGGCGACUGUGGUCCCCCCUGUCUUGCUCUCAGCAGCCAUGGAGAUGCAGGAACACCUAGAUGACACCCGGCAAUGGUUUGUCAGUGCGCCGGUGUGGGAGAACAUCGGCGCCGAUGAUCCCCGGAUCCAGCAGCAUCCGUUGAAAGACAAGGCCCGCACCAUCUUGGUAUCGAGGCCGGUGCCAUCUACAUCCACCGCCGCAGUCGCACAGUCUACGCCAGGCCCGGGCCCAUCAAGGCCAAAGCCCAAGCCCAAGCCGGCGUUAAAGAAGAAGCCGGCGGAGGGUAAAUUAGACAAGGGUAAGGCCAAAGAAGUGGUGCCGCCUGAAGAUGUGCAAGGUGAUCAGGGACGAGGCCGUACUUUGGCCAUUGAGAAGAGGAGAAGGGACUCCGGUUCCAGUCCAACACCGGCGCCGCCUGGUGGCCUUCAAUCAUCAUCGGGGAAUGCCGCCCCACCGCCGCAGGCAACAUUCUCCAAGAAGCAAAAGAUAGCUCAGGAUCCAGUGCCGCCACCGGCCGAUGCGCCCCAGGAAGAUAUCACCGCUGACAAGGAUGCUCCGGAGUUGGUGCCGCAUUGUGACCAAUGCAUUAAAGUAUCCGUGAUUUGUCGUCGGGGAUAUGGUGCCUCCGGGGGCACACUGAAAGCCUGCGCCCGGUGCUCAAAGGGCAAGUUCAAAUGUUCCCGCUCCAAGAUUGAUGCCGGCGAGGUGCCGAAGGGUCAGCCUCGCCGCCCGCGUUCGAGUUCACGCCGGCGUCCCCCCACACAAGACAUCGUUAUGGAAGCCGAUGCUGCAGCGCCGCAUGCACCCGCAUAUUCCGUGCCACCGAUUGCGACUUUAUCACCCGACAGUCGAUCCCCAGAUCCAUCCUCGCCCCCCACAGUUGAUCCUCCCAGGCAGUCGGUUGUUCCCUCCCUCCAGGAUUCAAUGGAAGUGGAUUCUGACAGAGAUGCCAUGAUUGAUGACUUGCAGGCGAUGACAUUGGAGGUCAUGAAUGAUCGCGCGGCGUUGCUAUCAAAGCGGUCGGGCCUCCAGGAAUCCACCAACAGCGUCCGGGCUGAAGUUGCCAAACUGCAAGCUCGGCACACAGCGACUGCCGACCUAGUGCAUGCAUUGACCGACCGCACCGAUGCUCAAGAUGCCGACAUCCAGGGACUGCGCGAUUUCCGCGCCGCCAUCGACGCACUUCAAAAUCAAGUCAACGCCUUGCAAGAGCAGUCGCCCGGCAAGAACAGGCUACCGUCCGUCCUUCAGGAUGCCUACAACGCUCUUCGUCAUCGUGUACUCGGUCACAACCAGCCAAUACCUCCACCCUUUUCCGGCCCAAUGUAUCAUGCCAACCCAUCUUACAGCGGCAAUCAUAGUAUGAUGCCUAGCAUGGGCCAGAUGCAAGCCAUGGAGCACUUAUACUUCAACUUGCCUGCCGGUGCUUCUGCCAUGGGAGGCCCAUCGGUAGGCAACGUCGCCGGUGGUUCCGGCUGGAACGUCCCUGGUGGUCCAUCUGCCGGCCGAUCUCACAAUCAGAUCGCCGGCAGUUCUCGCGCAGGUGCACAUGCCUUUGGCGAGUCGGCAUCAGGCAGGCCGCACUAG